GAAGCAAUUGAAUAGGUUGGUCCUUGGCUCAUUCAAUGUCGUCUUCAGCCUGGUCCUUUAUUUGUGAGACACUACAGACUUCAAAGACUGCUACUUAUUUUGACCUUAACUAUUUCAAUAAGCGCAGGCGCCACGGAGAGGUGGUCGCGAACGAAGACACUACAAAGCCACGGAAGGUACGACAUUCACCCGUCGCUCGAGACUCUUUCGCUGCACGUGGUUCAUCUCCCUAUGUGCCACCCAACGCAUCUUUCGCGCAGAAAGACAAAGGUUCCAGCUCCUCUCAUCAUUCUGGUGGGCCCCCGCCAUCAGUAUUGCGACCUCAGCAUGCUUCGCAGCCUUACAGAGAGGACAGCGAUGACGAUGCAGAAAGUGGUCACAUAAUGGGCGCGUGGCAGCCAUUCCCAGGUCCAGGUCCCCGCAGCUCAUACGACCGCACAUCCAUUAGCACACCUCACCAACACUCCAAUUCAGGUUUCUCCCGCAUCGGUGGCAGUCGUGCCCACUAUGACUCACCAUAUGCGAUUCGCAGUGGGCCGGUGUCUGUUGGCACACCAACGAAGACGAUCUAUGACGAUGAAGAACUACCUACUCCAACUGCUUCCAUAGCGAAUGUUACGCGCCUUCCUGCCCUCAUGGGCUCUGGACUACCUACUGGAGCAAUGUUGCCACACAUGCGCACAAAGAGUCAAACAACAGUUAUUAUUGGAGAUGUAGCUGCAUUGAAUGCAACACCUGUAAAUGCUCCUACGCAGGAGGAGCAUCCUUCGAUGGCGACCAAGACGAAUGGCGGGGAAUCAAACAACAGUGAUCCCGACCAACCACAGAAGAGACAUUGGUACAACAUUCGAAGGAAUCCUAGGCACAGCGAGGGUGAUCGACUGGACAGUGGGGUGAGGUGGAGCCUGAAGGCAGUUCAUCUCCCAAGGAUUCUGGAAAGUCGUUCAUCGCUAUUCGGGCACGGAAGCCUCAAUCAUCACAACCUGAUACCCAUCCACACAUUCACAAGGUUAGAUACUCAAUGGACGAAACUGGAGCAGACCCAACUAACUCUAACGCAACUCGACCAUUUGUACCGUUAG